AGCCCGGGUCGCGAGGCACAUAGCCGCGAAAAGUAUGAUGAGGGUGCGUCGGACGGGGAUUUUUCUUUUCGACUCUGAAUGCCACAUGAAACGGUGUGAGGACUAGUGCUUACGGGUGGUGGUGCGUCUUUUGGGGGGUAGAUUUUCGGGUUUGGUGGGGGUCAUGUGGUGGGGAGUUUUGAGCCUCUUUCUGGCUUCUUUUGAGAAGAUAGGUACCCAAUGUUGUGGGAGUGGCGUGUUGGAUAGCGAAGGCAUGAAUGAUUGCCGGCAUCUGCUGUCCAACACUCGUGGAAUCGAGAUUGCUCGCAUGUCUGUACGGUCACGUGAGGCCUGCUCUCCUCGAGGUGCAGGUGUGCUCGGAGCUUGCGAGAUAUGCGCAGUUGAUGUAAAGUCCUUUUUCAGACUUCAUAGUAGUCUCCACCGGGUCUACAUCUCGCAAUCUUGUGAAGUGCUUCAUAGAGAACCCGACAUCUGCGCAUAUUAAACCCAGAUUGUCUUCGCAGAUCACAAAUUCCGUGUCCUGGAUGGUCUUAAAAACUCCCUGAAUAAAUGGGAUCUUCUGUAGAAGUGGAAUCUAAC